AUGGCUGGAUCAUACACUAUUGCCGGUAAAGCUAUCCCUAACCACAAGAUCGCCAUGUUCUUCAUUGGUGCUUAUGCCGUUGCUGGUGCCGCUGCUAUGAUGAAGCCUAAGGCCCCUCAAGCUGCCACCCCUCCUAUUCAAGCCAGCUCUUCCGAUGAGGAAGCUUUCAUUCGUGAAUUCCUUGCCAAGGCCGAGGCUGACGAAAAGAAGUAG